AUGAAGCCCUCUUCUUCCGACCCAAUCUCCGUUGAGAACGAGAUCCACGUGAAUCCUGAUGGCCCGCCCCCCGCCAAGCGUCGCCGCGUCGAGCGCAAGCCGCGCACCACCGAGUACCUCGACCUUAAGGCCGCCUCCGAGGAGGAGGAGAAGGAUGAGAAGCUCCUCGUCCGGCUGACCAGCAUCCUCCGCAAGAAGAAGAAGAUUAUUAUCAUUGCUGGCGCCGGAAUCUCCGUCUCUGCUGGAAUUCCCGAUUUCCGAUCGUCCAAGGGCCUCUUCGCUACCUUGCCCAAGGAGCACGGGCUAAAGGGCACCGGAAAGCAGCUCUUCGAUGCCUCCGUCUACAAACACGACUCCAUGACUUCGUAUUUCCACAACAUGGUUCGCGACCUGUGGCGCCUCACCCAGACUGCCAAGCCCACCCCGUUCCAUCAUUUAAUCGCUUCCCUCGCCAAGGAGGGCCGCCUCCUGCGUCUCUACACCCAGAAUGUCGACGGCCUCGAUACGUCGAUGCCCCCGCUCGCCACCGCUGUCCCGCUCAACACCAAAGGUCCCUGGCCCAAGGCGAUCCAGCUCCACGGCGGCUUGGCCAAGAUGGUGUGUUCCAAGUGUGGUGAGAUCAAGGACUUUGAGAGCUCGCUCUUCGAGGGCCCUGAGGCCCCGCUCUGCAAGGGAUGUGAAGAGACGGAUAACGUGCGAACCUCGCACGCCGGAAAGCGUAGUCACGGCAUCGGACGGCUGAGGCCUCGAAUGGUUCUCUAUAACGAAUACAAUCCCGACCAGGAGUCCAUAGCGAAUGUUGUCCGAGCCGACAUCCGAGCCCGACCGGACGCUGUCAUCGUGGUGGGCACGACGCUAAAGAUCCCGGGGGUCCGAAAUAUGGUCAAAGACAUGUGCCGCGUGACGAGAGAUCGCAAAGACGGAGUGACAGCCUGGAUCAACCUGGAUCCCGAACCGACCGGUGCCGAUCUGAAGAACUGCUGGGAUCUGGUUGUGCGGGGCAAAUGCGACGAUAUUGCGACCCUGGUUCACCUACCUCGCUACGAUGAGGACGUCGACGCAGCCGUGGUCGUCGACAACAAGAAAUACGAGGACAGCGUUCGUGGUGUGAAGCUCGAGAUCGAGAUCAGGAAGACGCCGACCGCGAACAGCGCUCUCCCCAUCAAGUCGGAGUCGCGCGACGCUACCCCCGUCGAGGCGAAGCCGCAACUCGUCCAGAAUGCUCACGGCAUGCCGACCCCCACUGCUAGCCCCAAGGUGCGGGCCGCCUUACCCGCAGUGAAGCCUUUGAAAAAGCAGCGCAAGCUCGCGUUCCCCAGUCUAGACGGGUCUACAAGUGCCAAUUCGGCGGCGCCGGCGAAGGAUACCGAGAAGGCACCGAAGCAACGCAAACCGAGACAGACGAAGAAGGCGGCGGAGCCGAAACCUACGAAGGCUGCGAUUAACAAGGCCUUCAAGGCUACCAAGGCGUCUUCGGCCGCCGCCACCGCGUCCAAAAUCCCCGCGAAGCGCAACCACGAGCCCGAUUUGCACUCGAGUGCCCUGUCUCCCCGAUCCGUCAUGCGCGAGGAAUUCUCGCUGCGUCCUAGAGGGAAGGCGCUUGCGAUUUUCACUGCCGACCCCGCGGGCAAAAGGAACGCGUUGGGAGCCGUGCAGAACCUUCCGGCGGUCGCCCAGUCGACGGAACGACCCACGACCCCUACGCGCACCGCGCCACCUUGCCCUGCGUCCUCUUCGCCCCCCGGUACCAUCUCGCCCACGUCGAAGCCCCGCGGCUUCGCUACCCUGAUCGACUGA